AUUGACUAGCACAUAGGUGCGAGGGGAACCUUUACCUUUUUAUUUCACAAAAAAGUAACUGGACGGCAUAUACUAACUAUUCAUAUUCAUAACUAUUCCAAUUUAAAAUAAUAUAGCUUUCUUCUAAACUUACAUUUUUAUUUGGAAGAACCAUCAUACAUUUGUCAAAAUAUAUUUAAAAAACUAUUAGUUGGUUGGUUUUUAGUUAGGGUUGCCAACUCUUCCCUUUGAUACGCUAUUUUUUUCUAAGCAAAAGUGUAGAUGGUACACUUAAUCUUCAUUCCUCUUGGGAAAUUGUGCUUACUGGGUCAGCAGCUAGGGGAAUGCAAUCAUUAGUUUUGGCUUGCAAGAGAAAGAUUUAUCAACUGAAACUGUCAUUGAAAGAAGUUUUUUUUUAAUUAAAUAUUUUAAUUUUAAUACGUGCAGCUGAAAUAUAGAACUGGUAUUUGAUUUACUGCUUUAUAGAGUGAAUCAGAUAUAUGAGUUACCUAUAAAGUAACAUUUUAAUCUGAUGAUUCAUUGAUUCCCUAAUACUCCUGAUACAAAUCUAAAUGAAAAGGAUGACAUUAUUUAAAAGGUUAAACUGUGGUUAAUGUGACUCACAUUUUCUCUACAUAUGAGAUAUAACAAUAUUCAGUGAUGCCUCAAUACAUUAAAAUGGUAUUGUAUCAGAAACAAAUCAAACGAUGUAGUAGAUUGUUAAUAUAUAUAGUAGUAGGCUGUAAUAGCAGAUUACUAAAUUUAAUGUAAUGAGUUGGAUCCUGAUGUGUAUGUGUGCAUGUUUCAUGAUCACUUCUGCACACUAAUGGUUGUAACCUUUCUAUCCUUUUUCUUACCUGAUUAUUGUCAAAGUCACAGAAGAAACUUCUGUGAACAUGCAUUCAAGAAUGCAUGCGUUUACAUGCAUUAGAAUUUUCAGAAAGGGGUAUAUUUACUAUAACUUUUUUGAUUGACACUGGCCAAGCAACUUCUUGCAUGCAAUUGCAUUUUUAAGGCCUGGAUGUAAUCCACAUAGAAGAAUAUUCAAUGGUUUAAACAGUGUAGGUUAAUUAAUUUGCCUUAAUUUAACUUUCUACAGUUCUACUAGUCCUAAUGAGGAAGAUGAAAGUAGAUAGAACAGUGAAGUCCUACUCAUCCAUUAAAGGAGCUUUUCUGGGUGCUCCCUUUCCUGUUCUUUCAAAGGAUUAAAUGGAACCCUGAGGACUUUGCAAUAUGAAUAAUUCUUUGGAGAACACAAUUUCCUUUGAAGAAUACAUCCGUGUGAAAGCACGAACAAUCCCCCAACAUAGGAUGAAGGAAUUCCUGGACUCCCUUGCCUCCAAGGGCCCUGAAGCCCUACAGGAAUUUCAGCAGACUGCUGCUACCACAACCAUGGUAUAUCAGCAAGGAGGCAACUGCAUUUAUACAGAUAGCACGGAAGUGGCUGGAUCUUUGCUUGAACUUGCCUGUCCUGUUACAACUAGUGUCCAGCAGCAAACUCAACAAGAGCAACAAAUACAAGUGCAACAACCCCAACAAGUGCAGGUGCAGGUUCAGGUUCAGCAGUCCCCUCAACCGGUGUCCACCCAGCAGCUCUCUCCUCAGCUCACUGUUCACCAAGCUUCAGAGCAGCCAAUACAAGUCCAGGUGCAGAUCCAAGGCCAAACACAGCAGCAAGCACCCCAGACAAUACAGGGUCAGGCCCUUCAGAGCCCUAGCCCUUCUCAGUUGCAGGCGGCUCAGAUUCAGGUGCAGCACGUGCAGACUGCUCAGCAAAUCCAGGCUGCAGAAAUACAGGAGGAACACAUACAGCAUCAGCAGAUCCAAGCCCAGCUCGUGGCAGGGCAGGCAAUUGCUGGAGGACAGCAAAUCCAAAUCCAGACAGUGGGGGCACUUUCCCCUCCUCCAUCUCAGCAAGGCUCACCACGGGAAGGCGAACGAAGGAUCAGCACCGCCAGCGUCCUUCAGCCAGUAAAGAAACGCAAAGUGGAUAUGCCUAUUACUGUGUCCUACGCUAUUUCAGGGCAACCGGUGGCUACAGUUCUGACCAUCCCCCAGGGCCAGCAGCAGAGUUAUGUAUCCUUAAGGCCGGACUUGUUAACGGUGGAUAGUGCCCACCUGUACAGUGCCACCGGGACCAUAACUAGUCCCACUGGUGAGACUUGGACAAUCCCUGUUUAUUCUGCCCAACCACGCGGUGACCUACAGCAACAAAACAUUACCCAUAUUGCCAUUCCUCAGGAGGCCUACAAUGCCGUCCAUGUUAGUGGCUCCCCAACAACUUUGGCCACCGUGAAGCUAGAAGAUGACAAGGAUAAGAUGGUGGGAGGUGCCUCGGUAGUGAAAAACUCUCAUGAGGAAGUAGUGCAAACUCUUGCCAAUUCCCUUUUCCCAGCACAGUUUAUGAAUGGCAAUAUCCACAUUCCAGUGGCAGUGCAAGCAGUGGCAGGGACCUACCAGAAUGCAGCACAAACGGUUCAUAUAUGGGACCCACAACAGCAGCAGUCCACGUCACAAGAGCAGGCACAGCAGCAGCAGCAGCAGCAACAACAACAAUUGCAAGUUACUUGCUCUGCACAAACUGUUCAGGUAGCUGAAGUGGAACAGCAACCACAGCCUCAGCCUUCCCCCGAACUUCUCCUUCCGCAGUCUCUCAAGCCAGAGGAAGGACUAGAAGUAUGGAAGAGCUGGGCACAGACUAAAAAUGCAGAGAUGGAAAAAGAAUCACAGAACCGGCUUGCACCCAUUGGUAGGCGCCAGUUAUUGAGAUUCCAAGAAGAUCUCAUAUCUUCAGCUGUAGCAGAAUUAAAUUAUGGAUUGUGCUUAAUGACUCGUGAAGCUCGCAAUAGUGAAGGCGAGCCCUAUGAUCCAGAUGUACUUUACUAUAUCUUUCUCUGCAUUCAAAAGUACUUAUUUGAAAAUGGGCGAGUUGAUGACAUUUUCUCAGAUCUCUAUUACAUACGGUUCACCGAAUGGUUACACGAAGUUCUCAAGGAUGUGCAGCCUAGGAUCACUUCUUUGGGAUAUGUUCUUCCAAGCCAUGUGACAGAAGAGAUGUUAUGGGAGUGUAAACAGCUCGGCGCUCACUCUCCUGCUACCUUGUUAACCACUCUCAUGUUUUUUAAUACAAAAUAUUUCCUGUUGAAAACAGUAGAUCAACAUAUGAAACUGGCCUUUUCAAAAGUCUUGAGGCAGACUAAGAAGAACCCUUCUAAUCCUAAAGAUAAGAGUACAAGCAUUCGGUAUCUGAAGGCUCUUGGCAUCCACCAGGCAGGCCAGAAAGUUACAGAUGACAUGUAUGCAGAGCAGACAGAGAAUCCUGAAAACCCAUUGAGGUGUCCUAUAAAACUUUAUGACUUCUACCUCUUCAAAUGCCCGCAAACUGUGAAAGGCAGAAAUGAUACAUUCUAUUUGACUCCUGAACCAGUGGUGGCUCCCAAUAGUCCUAUCUGGUAUUCCAUCCAGCCAAUCAGUCGAGAGCAAAUGGAGCAAAUGCUUACCCGGAUUCUGGUGAUACGAGAAAUUCAAGAAGCUAUUGCGGUGGCCAGUGUCAGCACCAUGCACUAAAGGCAUCCCUCCCAGUUCAGGAAAAGGGUGCUGGGUGUAACUGGGCCGGGUGGAGUGGCAGCAAGGCCAGGAUCAAUUGUACAGCCUUUUACACUAAAGGAGAUGCCUAAGUUUUUUUUUUAAUUGGUGUAGUUAAGAAGCCCUUUUAGGCUUCUGGUUAAUAAGACCCUUUCCAUUGUGUAUCUGACCCUUUUGCAUCAGCUUUCUGGACACAUUGAAGGCUGCAUUCUUUCUUUAGGAGCUCUGAGGUUCCGUAGGUUGACUUUGGGGUUUUUUAUGAUGUGAAGAAAACAAAUUUAAUUGGUGGACUUGGCCUGGGUGGGCCACUACAUUCAAGCUCAUGAACUUGGAAGCAGAAAACGGUGGAUAUCUGCUUGACCUUAAAAAAAAGGUGGUUUGCAGUUUCCUUGUGCUUGGACACUAACAUGUCCUAGAGGGGGAUGUCCUGCAAUUAUGAUUUAUAAGGAGAAGAAAAUCAAUUUCUAUUAAGACCUUAAAAGUGACAUUUUUAGAUGUUAAGUACAAACUACCACACUUCCUUCUCUCUUUUUUCCUUUCUCUCUCUCUUUCUUUCUCUCUCAUUUGGCCUGAUGUUGAGGCCUUAAAUCCUUGAGGCUCCUGUGCCUAAUGGAAUUCUUGUAACAUACACUUGUGUAUCAUAUAAAGAUACCACCCUGUUUCUCUUAUGUAUUCUUAUGCUAGUUGUUUAUUAAGAAUGACGAGCACGUCUUUUGAACAUGA